GCGCCAGCCCCCGGCGGCGGCGAAGCGGGUGCGGGCCGGCGCGGGGUGGGCUCCGGCCGCCGCCCGCCCUCCUCCCUGCCCGGCCGGUGGUCCCGGGCCGCCGCGAGGCUCCGCGCGCUGCCCCCUGUCGUCCCGCAGUGCCGUCGCCGCCCCCCGGGAGCUUAGCGGAGCCGCGGCGACGAGUUGGCGCGCGCGGCGGACCCCGUGGAGCUGGCUUAGCGCCUCCGCCCCACCUUCCCGCACCCUGGGACCGUAACAGAGCAAUAAGACAACCAGGACAGGCAGGGGGAGAUUCCUGCUUGAAGCAUGUGGUGGAUCGUUCUUGGAGGCAGAGCACACUUCUCUUGCCUUUCUCUCUGGGAACGAAGAGCGGACUUGGUGAGAGGGCUCAGGAGAAGAGGAGCAGGCUUUGGGAGAAGGGAGACCCUGCACCGACUUGCCUUUGGUCCAACGGGCGCUCCUCCAAGCGGAGCCUUGGAGGGCAAGGCCGGCACCAUUACCUCCAACGAGUGGAGCCCUCCUAACUCCCCUGAGGGGAGCAACGUCUCUGGGGGCAGUCAGGCGUUGGACAAGCCCAUUGACAAUGACGCAGAGGGUGUGUGGAGUCCGGACAUCGAGCAGAGCUUCCAGGAGGCCCUGGCCAUCUACCCGCCUUGUGGCCGGCGCAAGAUCAUCCUGUCAGAUGAGGGCAAGAUGUACGGUCGGAAUGAGCUGAUUGCCCGCUACAUCAAGCUCCGGACAGGGAAGACGCGCACCAGGAAGCAGGUCUCCAGCCACAUCCAGGUGCUGGCUCGUCGCAAAGCCCGCGAGAUCCAGGCCAAGCUAAAGGACCAGGCAGCUAAGGACAAGGCCCUGCAGAGCAUGGCUCCCAUGUCGCCCGCCCAGGCCAUCUCCGCCACAGCCUUCCACAGUAAAAUGGCCCUCGCCCGGGGCCCAGGCCACCCAGCAGUCUCAGGGUUUUGGCAAGGAGCCUUGCCGGGCCAAGCCGGAACAUCCCAUGAUGUGAAACCGUUCUCUCAGCAAACCUACGCUGUCCAGCCUUCGCUGCCUCUGCCAGGGUUUGAGUCUCCUGCAGGACCCACCCCGUCGCCCUCAGCGCCCCCGGCACCCCCGUGGCAGGGCCGCAGUGUGGCCAGCUCCAAGCUCUGGAUGUUGGAGUUCUCUGCCUUCCUGGAACAGCAGCAGGACCCUGAUACGUACAACAAGCACCUGUUUGUGCACAUCGGCCAGUCCAGCCCAAGCUACAGUGACCCCUACCUCGAAGCCGUGGACAUCCGCCAGAUCUAUGACAAAUUCCCAGAGAAAAAGGGGGGACUCAAGGAGCUCUUUGAACGGGGACCUUCCAAUGCCUUUUUUCUUGUGAAAUUCUGGGCAGACCUCAACACCAACAUCGAGGAUGAAGGCAGCUCCUUCUACGGGGUCUCCAGUCAGUACGAGAGUCCGGAGAACAUGAUAAUCACUUGUUCCACCAAGGUCUGCUCUUUCGGCAAGCAGGUGGUAGAGAAAGUGGAGACAGAGUAUGCCCGCUAUGAGAACGGCCACUACUCAUACCGCAUUCAUCGAUCGCCGCUCUGCGAGUACAUGAUCAAUUUCAUCCACAAGCUGAAGCACCUGCCCGAGAAGUACAUGAUGAACAGCGUGCUGGAGAACUUCACCAUCCUGCAGGUGGUCACCAACAGAGACACGCAGGAGACGCUGCUGUGCAUUGCAUAUGUUUUUGAGGUGUCAGCCAGCGAGCACGGGGCUCAGCACCAUAUCUACCGGCUGGUGAAAGAAUAAGAGACUCAGGGAGCAGGGAGGGGGGAAGAGACUUUGUGUGUGCAGGGACACGGGGAGGGGAUCUGCAGGGGCCUGAAUUGCCAGGAGAGCCGAGAGGUCCUAACUUCCUAGCCAGGAACAAACUGAACCUGCAAUGCCCAACCCCAAAUAAACCCAAGAUGGUGUGUAUUUUCGGAGGACCUGAUCUGGCUGUCUGAGCCUUGGGAGGGACUGCGGGAGAAGGGGGGCAGACUGGGGAGCAGGCCAGAAGCAACCCCAGAGAUCCCCCAUGGACUCACCCAGGAAUGUCGCCAGAUGCAAAGCUCCCGAUGGGAUGACUUCUCGGCUGCCCCUCAAGCUGCUGGCCACUCCGGGAGGCCGGGGGCUGGGCUCGGGGGCUAGGCUCUCGGGCCCUGUUCUGUGCAUCCCCACGUAGGCCCCUGCAGGGACUUGUGCACAGUGUCCUGUCCACCUCUGGUGCCCUGGCCCCAGGACAGUGAACAGGGAGGCUCGGUCCAGCCCAGGGCUUGGGUUUGAGGUGUGGAGGUGAUAGUUAUUAGGAAGGCUGGAAGGGCACACAGCCAGAACUCUCUAGAUAGUUUUCAUCCCUCCCCUGUGGGAGUGGAUUGCAUAGCCUGGAGCUUGAGGCAGGGAGGCCAGGAGUGGCGGUGCAGAGUCCAGCCUGUGGAGUUUAGGUGGUAAGGCUGGUGUCACGCAGCAUCCUUUGUGGGGGUGAAGGCCCAGAAAGUGGGUCAGAGGCCUGUAGUGGACCAGUGGUCUCUGAGACCACCCAGUUCUGAUGUUCUGUGAGUCCUCCCUCGGGCUCCCUCCCAGCCAGGGUGCCUGCUAGGUGGUGACUGCCUUGGAGCCAGCCCAGGCUGUCCACUCCCCCCACCCCCCCAGAGUAGUAGUGUCUGUGUGCCCUGUGCAUGGAGGAGGGGUGUGGAACCCACCCUGAACCUCGAGGGAAGCAGUGAAGGGUUCCUUGGUUUAUCUCUUGGGAGAACUGUAUGGGCUUAGGGUUUUGGUGGUCCUGGCUUCAGUCCUGGUAUUCCUGGCUGUCUGACCUUGGGCAAAUUUCUCCACCAGUCUGAGCCUUGGUGUCCUUUGCUCUGCGUAAAGGGGAGAGCAAUAGCACCUACCUUAGAAGGACGUAGUGAGAAAGAGAGCUAAUGUCUUUAAGUGCCUGGUGCAAGAUGCACUAAAUAAAUGUUAUAAUUAGUUUAUCCUCCCCUCCCUCAGGGAGGCCUGGGUCUGGCUCUUUGCUGCCAUCUAGUGGCCCUCAUAUCACCCUUAAUGGGAACCACAAUUCCAGAAGCCUGGAGCAGAAGGGAACGAAGAUUCAACCUACAGGUGUUUACUUUGUGCCCAGCACUCAGGGAGAUAUAUGGGAAUAGAAAAGUAAGACAGCAUCUAGGAGGUGUUUAUGGAAUGGUGGUUAGGAUCAAGGGCUUGAGGCAGACAGCUAGGAUUGAAAUCCUGGCACUUGGCCACUGACUAGCUUUGUGGCCUUGGGGCAAGUUACUUAAUUUCACUGUGCCUCAGUUUCCCCAUCUGUAAAAUGGGUAUAAUAAGAGUACCUACCUCGUAUAUGUAGAGUGCCUAGAAUAGUGCUGAGCACAUAAAUGUGUUCGAUAAAUAUACAUUAUUAUUAAUAGCAGGAGCUUGCAGUCUAAAAAGAUCAGAGAACUCCUAAGUGGGGUUGGCUGAUCCUCACAGGAACUGGAGUUCAGAGAUGGGAGAGAGCAGGGUGUGGAAGAUCCAGGGAGGAGGUUGCAAUGGAGAGGGGCUGCCCCUUAGAGGAUGGGCAGUGUUUAGAUAAGCAGAUGGGACAAAGGCUGGCCAGCAUUCCAGAUGGGAAAAAGAAGCCAGCUAUCCGGUAUCCUGCCCUCACGGGCCAAGACUGCCUCUUCUCAUCAAAAAGCAACUUUAACCAAAUGCCUCUGGACUGCUGCUAGACCUCGUGCCAAGUUGCCUAACUCCACUGUAUGUGGGGGCUGGCUCUCAUCAAAAGACGUGCUGUGGAGGUGGGCGUGGGGUCUGGGAGGCCCUGAGCAGACGGCAUGUGCUCACAUGUCCAUGGGCGGGUUUGUGUAAGGCUCCCCCGCCCCUCUCCGGUCACUGUCACAACCCUCGCCCUCGCUCCUCGCCUCUCCCCUUGGGCUGUUUGGAUAAGGGGAAUGAUGCAUACCCUUCUGGCUUGACAGUGAGCCUUCAGGCAGGUACUCAUGAAGGAUGUGUGAACAGCCUCUUGGCCAUGGCACACAUGCACAAGUUAAGGAGAUGAUCUUUUGCGUUACGGGUGGGAAUGAGUCGGAGCAGAUGUCGGGGCCAGAUGUGAGCUGUGCGUUUUCCCUUCUCGUCAGGAGCUGACCUCAGUAGCCUCGUGGAAAGUCAUGUACUUAGAGCUGUAAGUUCUAGACCAGUCAGCCAUGGGGAAUGCAGGUGUAGAUGCCUUCCCCCAUGGCCACCUGGCCCACCGCUCUCGAGGGCUUGUCUGGCACUGCCCUGCACCCUCUGAACUGGGUGCCCUUCCCUGCCUUUAGGCCUUGGCCCCACAUGUUCUCUUGGCCAUUCGUGCCCUGCCUUUUUCUCCUGCUGGAGAACUGUUACUCAUGCUUCGAGGGCCAGUGUGCGGUCACCCCUUCUCAUGCGGAGGGGUUAGUCACGCCUGCCCUUGGGUGGCAGAAGCCUUCCAUUCGUAACCCAGGACAUAGGGACCUCUGUCACCUCUUCCAAUCCUCAGCCAGUGGGUGCUGUGCUGUCCCCAUUGGAAAGAUGCAGAAAAUGGGGCACAGAGAAGGGAAUUAACGUGCUUAGAGUAUUAAUGUGUUUAUUCAUUCAGUUAGCAACUAUUUACUUAACUUCUGCUCUGUGCCAGGCGCUGGGAAGAUAUCACUGACCCAGGCAGAUGAGGUCCUCGGGGAGCUUAUGUUUCAUUGAGGAAGAAAACUAAGUGAGCAAGUAACAGGACGUGUAGACUGUGACAAGUGCUUUCAAGGCAGAGAGGGCUGCUGAUGUGAGAGUCACUGGGGGAAACUCACAGGCCCGGGGAAGGUGGGGGAAGGCAUUCUGAGGAGAGGCAGGGAGGUAUGGGUGUGGGGCAGGCACAGAGAGUGAGAGCUGUAUGGCCUAAGGUACGGGGGGACGGAGCAGGUCCUGCCUCGGGCCAGCUGUCCAGACCCGGGGGCGAGUGGGGAGGGCAAGGAACUCAGCUCCCUCCCCAGCCCAGCACCCCCUUGCUUGGCAAGGACUUUGGGUUUUACUCCAUGUGAAGGGAGGUCCUGGAAGCGUUUGAAGCAAGGGAGUAAGUCUUUUUGAUCUUUAAUCUUUGAUUUUUUUUAGAAAUGGACGCUGGGGCUGCUGGGGCCCACAGAGAAGCAUGUGUAAUUGUCUGCUCCUGAGUCUGUCUUUCCUCCUAGACUCAGCGUCUGUGGGUGCAGACUGUAGCUUCCUUGGUCUGUUACUUUCUGUAAACUAAACACCACGUCUGGAACGUGGCAGGUGCUCAGUAAACAUGCGCUGAAGGAGCGCAUGUGGAUGAAGGAGUGCAUGUGGACGAGGCAGUGUGAUCCGUGCGGUUUGGGCCCGGGAGGUGAGUAAGGGCCCUGACCCCGUGAGGGUGGAGCCGUUUGCCCUGCUGACACGUCUAGAGUUAGCAGGGGGGCGUGGUUGAGAUGGGGAUGUGGAAACAGACCGCUUGUCUGACAGUGACUGAGCAGACUGCCUCAGUGGCCACCAGUGAACGUCCAUGGAGUGGGGUGAGCACCCCACACAGAAGGACUUUAGGGUGCAUGUGCGUGCACCUGUGCAUGUGUGUGUAGAUACCAUCUCUGCCCUUUCAGGACUAAAGCCAGUGGAGUGAGGAUCGAGGGGCGGCCAUGGCUCGGGCCCCUCAGACUGUGUGUGCUUAGUCCAUCACCUACUUCCUCUCCCCCGCCACAGGUUUCGGAGGACAGUGGGCAGGUGCUGACCGGGCUGGAGGGAGGAGGCAGGCAGCUCAGAGAAGCAGGGCUGGGGCAGCAGGGGGCUCCUGACGGCCCGCGGCGCUCGGCCUGGUGCAGGGCUCUGUGGGGUCAGCAGUGCUCACCUGGGCCCAACCGCACAGAGGGGGUGUGAGAUAGAGCAGCAGUGUGUUUUACCUCGGGGUCGGGUGUAGCCAGUGGUUGCUGUGUCCGACCCCUGCUUACUUUAUCUGGUAUGUCAGCUCCAGAAACGAAAGCAAGAAGCUUUCCCCCAAAGACUUCAAGCGGUAUAGGAGUCGUUCUUAAGAAGCCGAAUUGGCUGCUGCUAAGUUAUGCGAUCUUGUGCAAAUAGCUCACCCCCUCAGACCUUCAGAACCCCGCUUGGGAAAUGGGAAUAAAGUGGCUUUGACUUUUGGGAGAAAGGUGACAGCCUGAGCUCACGGUGAGCACUCAGUGAAUGGUGGUAACUUAGGGCUAUUAAAACCUGCCCUGACUCUGCUCUUUCUAUGCCUCACACUCUCACACACACACACACUCAGACACUUAUGCACACGCAUGCUCACACUCAGACACUCAUGCACACACAUGCACACACACACACACACACACACCCCAAGCUCUGCUGUCUCCCAGAGCCCAUGAGGAGGCCCCAGGCUCUUACUCUUGUGGGAACUGUCCAGCAGAGACAGCACUUAGACUUUCAUCCUCAGGUCUCAGAAACGGGGGUGGGGUGGGGGGGAAGGAAGUGUUCUUAACUGAGAAAAUAACUUUGUGGCCCAUGAGGGGAAAGAGGCCCCAGGGAAGGGUCUCAAAAGGGAGAAUGGAACAAAUGGUGGGCUACGGCAGUGUGAGUAAGAGACUGUCUGGAAUUGGGAUUGGUUUACUUCCUGAGGGAGGACGGGAGAGGUGGCCCAGCACCUUUGUAGAAGUCUGGAGCCCAGUUGGUGGGAAUGACUAAAGGUCUUUUUAUUUUUAAGCUCAUGGAUGUCUGAUAUUCAACUUCAAGUUUUUGUAUUUUUGCUAUGUAACCCCCCUUUGUCUCCCCAAAUCUUCAGUAAAGUCUGCUACCUACACAAAGG